UCCUCGCGAUGCAUCCACAAGUCUCUUGAGAACCUAGUGUCUAGUUCUGUGGAAUCUCUGGAUUUGAGCAGAAAGGAUCUGCAGCAUCUAACCGAGGAUAUAUAUAAGUUAUUCAACCUUAAACAUCUGUAUCUGGAAGGAAAUUCCCUGUCUGUGAUUCCAGAGGACUUUUUUCAGCACCUGCCAUAUCUUGUUUGGCUGGAUCUACGGUAUAACAGAAUUAAAGAGCUUCCCCCAGGAAUUGGAUCCCACAAGCAAUUGAAAACUCUGCUGCUGGAAAGAAAUCCUAUUAAAAGGCUGCCUGUAGAGUUUGGUAACUUAACUUCACUUACAGCCUUGAAUCUCAGACAUUGUCCUCUGGAGUUUCCACCUCCUGAAGUGGUACAGAAGGGCCUACCAAUUAUUUUAUGCUUCCUUCGAAAGUACAUUAAUCAGAAUCUUGAUGACUCAGAUCCUGUUACUCCAGAAAUGCCUCCCAUUGAAAAGUUAAACCUGACAGACGUCGUGAAAUCAAGUAUGGAUUUGUCAGAUGGAUGGCCUAAUGAGGAGGAAAUGAUACGAUUUCAGAAGCUGAGGGAAGAAAUGAUGCAAGAUGAAAGAGAAGAGUAUCUGGCAGACCAAAAGUUACACAACGAGUCUAUGACUUCCAUGUUUUCAAGGAAAUCCAAGGCAAAACAAAGCCUCUCUCGCAAAUGGUCUGUCAUCUCAUCCAGGGGCAAGAAGAAUUUGUUUUCUGCAGCUUCAUCCUAUGAUCUGCUUAUUCAGACUAAGAGGGCUGAAGAGUGUCGAUUGGCAGCGCUCAAGGAAAUGAAGGAGAAACAGGCUUUAAUUGAACAGCGGAGAAAAGAUAAAGAAGUGCUUCAGAAAUGGAGGAGGCAGGCCAGGCUGAUGAGAGAGAAGAAGGCAUUACUGUACACCUUUUCACCAGAACAAGGAGACAUGAAUCCACCUUUUGCUACCGACUACAACAGCCAUUACCAUGGCAAACUAGAAGGCUGGGGAGUGCCGAAGAAACAAGAAGGUCCAAUGGAGAUGACGCUGAAUCUGAGCACUGAGAAAUCCACUGAGGAGGAGGCAAGAGCUGCCAAAUACAGGGAAGUGGAAAACCGUAUCAGGCAGCUCACACAGAUAAUGAAAGAAAGAAGGAAAAAGUUAACAGGAAUACCCCAUGAAGAUAUGGAAAGAGCAGAUCAAGACUUUCAAACGGCUGAGGAACUAGAAGCAGAGCUAGCCGACUUGAAAAAGGACCUUCACCCGGAAUAUCGGUUCACUGCCUUUACCGGAGAAUUGCCAGCAGCACCAGAUAAUCCAUUAUCGGCCACAAAACCUCAAAAUAUCUUUUCUAAUAUGACAUUUUAA